UUUUUAUUAAACUCUUCUCUUUUUCCCCACUUCCCUUCAGCUUCCCUCUCUCUCACUGUAGAUAUAUAUAUAUAAAAUAUGAGACUGAUCAUAAGAGAAGACUACGACGAAGUGUCCAACUAUGUUGCCAACUACGUGAAAGAACGAAUAAAGCAGUUCGCUCCUACUGCGGAUAGACCCUUUGUAUUGGGACUGCCAACUGGAUCAUCCCCCAUUGGCACAUACAAUAAACUGGUGGACUUUUUUAAGUCGGGAGAACUUAGCUUCGAACACGUCAUCACAUUCAACAUGGACGAAUAUGUCGGACUGCCUAAAAACCACCCUCAGUCGUACCACACAUUUAUGUGGACCAACUUGUUUGCUCACAUCAACAUCAAGGCUGAAAACGUGCAUAUUUUGGAUGGAAAUGCACCUGAUUUAGAUGCAGAGUGCAAAGAGUUCGAAGCCAAGAUCGCACGUGUUGGAGGUAUUGAACUGUUUCUAGGAGGUAUUGGACCCGAUGGACAUAUUGCCUUCAAUGAGCCUGGUUCAUCCCUUACAUCACGUACAAGGGUCAAGACAUUGGCCUACGAAACCAUCAUUGCCAACGCUCGAUUUUUCGAAGGCGACAUUGGAAAGGUGCCCAAGCUGGCUUUGACCGUCGGAGUAGCCACCGUGAUGGAUGCCCGAGAAGUGGUUGUAACCAUUACUGGAGCUCACAAGGCGAUUGCCCUAGCAAAGUGCAUCGAAGAAGGCGUGAACCAUAUGUGGACUGUAUCGGCUAUUCAGAUGCAUCCCAAGGGAUUGAUUGUAUGCGAUGAGGACUCCACUUUGGAACUGCAUGUCAAGACUGUCAAGUACUUCAAGUCAAUCGAGCAUGUCCACCAGGCCCUUAUUGGAACCGAGAACCUGUCUCUUCAGGAUAUUUUUUUUUUCGUGGGGACGUAGGUGGAGUUAAGCAGAUCAGGCCAACUGCUUUUAAUCAACGACCCAUGAAUCAUCCUUAUGAAUAGUAUACGUGUAUAAAAAAAAUGGGGGUUUAUAAAUAUAACAGGACGGACGUACCGUCAUGUAAUAAAGGAAAGAGAAGUUUCUCGGUACACAGGUACGACCGCUAGUUGAAUUUC